AUGUCUCAAAUCAUCUCUCUUCACUUAUCUAUGCUUUUGGAAUUGCUCGGAAGGCCCGGCACUAUACGUCUACUUGUGACCGGCGGGAUCGGUGCUUUGGUCGUUCGGUCUGCAUAUCGUUUCCACCGUCGGUAUCGUGUUAGACGGAGAUUGGAACAGAAGCGAGCAGUCUUAAAGGAGCGAAUGAAUACUUUCAAGGCCGUUUUAACCCAACUGCAGGACUCGACAGAUUUCUCUGUGACCGAGCUUGACUUAAGUGAACUACGUCGACGUAUAUCGGCCGGCAUUCUGAGUCCGAUCGACUUGCUGCAUGCUUUUCAGCGGAAAGCCAUGCGUCUUUACGAUGAAGGUAAUUCCGGCAUUUGUGAAUUUAUCCAGGAGGCCGAAGAGCUUUUCAACAAGACUGCCGCGAAAAACGAUCCGGCACCGUCGUCAUUUACCCGGCCACCGUUGUACGGCAUUCCGAUCAGCGUUAAGGAAACGUUUCGGGUGAAACACUAUGAUAGUACAGGUGGCCUGAUCAAAUGGUGCAACAUGCCGAGCACGGAGGAUUGUGUGUUGGUACAAGUGCUCCGAGAUUCAGGAGCGAUCCCGUUUAUCCUAACUACAACAUCUCAAGCCCUUCGUGGAAUCGACGGUCUCAAUCCCGUAUUCGGUGACUGUUAUAAUCCCUACAACACAUCACGGAUCACCGGUGGCAGUUCUUGCGGUGAAGCUGUGGUCUUGGCACGACGAUGCUCACCGAUUGGAAUUGGCACCGAUAUCGGUGGAAGUAUUCGCAUUCCGGCCGCGUUUUGUGGUCUGGCCAGCCUCAAGCCUACUACGAAUCGGCUAAGUCCCCGUGGAAUGUUAAAUUCUGCAUCAAACUCUGUACUUGGCCUUUUUGUUAGCGCCGGUCCAAUGGGCCACAGGGUGGAUGAUUUGGCUGACAUGAUGCGGGCUCUGCUCAUACCAUCGAUGUUUAGCUUGGAUCCACAAGUCCCACCUAUCUCUUUCAAUGAGACCGCUUUUGGAGGAUCGGACAAGAAGCAGUUACGAAUAGGAUUUUACGAUACUCUAUCUCAUCCGCGCAUUAUUCAAACCGUCCCAUCUGUUCGCGCGGCCGUCAAGGUGGCGGUCGAAACGUUGGUAAAGGAUGGUCACCAGGUGGUGAAUUUUACCCCACCCGAUCCCGACAAGGCGUAUCGCCUCUACAUUCGGUGUCUUUUUGCCGAUGGUGGUCGACAACUUCAAAGCCAUCUCGCUGACGAACCUGUUGGCAAGCAGUUACGAUUUCUUUCCCUUCUGAUGUCCAUACCGAACUGGCUAAAGUUUGUGAGCGAUAUUUUCGCUGGUAUGACCAGUUUCGGACCUAUCAGCAACGUUCGAACUUUGGGCGGACUUCAGCGGGUACAGGAUGUGUUCCAUUUGCUGUCCGCAGUGCGUGAAUACAAGCUGCAAUUCGAAAGAGCUUGGCAUGAAUUCGGUGAGCCGCUGGACGCUGUGAUUUGCCCGGUCUCAGCCUACCCCGCUCCUCCAUCCUCUGCCCCGUCACUGUUUAUCACUCCGUCCAUUAUUUAUACAGCACUUUACAAUCUCGUGGACUAUCCAUGUGGCACUGUCCGCACCAGUGUGGUCGAUCGUGUGGAUGUCUUAGAAAGCGCCAAAUUCGCUGUGGACUAUCGUCAAAAAGGAAAUUGGUACGACUCGCGUGUCGCAGUGCUUCAAAAAGACACAGAGGGCCUUCCGUUGGCUGUGCAGGUGGUAGGGAAGCCAUUUUGUGAAGAACUCGUUCUCCGUGUGAUGCGUAUUAUUGAAGCGGGUCUGGAACUCGACCACUAG